GCCAUCUUUCAUGUCGGGGCUCUGGUGAUGUUAACCAGUUAACUAGUUAACGGACUGAACAGCGGCGGUGCGGCACCGACAGCACAAGUGCAAAAAUGAAGUUGGCUGCAGUAGUUGUGCUGUGUUUACACCUUGUUUUUCUUCACACCAAUUUGUCCCUGGCCAAAAGAGGAGGUGGGGGUGGAUUUGGGAAAGGCUUUGGCUUUAAGAAAACCCCGAUAUCCAGUCGAGGCAGCAACACAGGUCGCAAAACAAAUCAAGGCACGAACCCUCAGGGAGGAUAUCCCAAACAGCCUGGACAACCCAAUCAAGCAGGCUACCCUGAACAACCAGGCAGACCAGGUGGUUACCCCCAGCAGCCAGGAGGAGGAGGCUACUAUAACCAGUAUCCAGGUUACCAACAAAGGGGCUACCCAUAUGGUGGAGGUGUAGCAGCAGGGGGUGGUUAUGGCGGAUAUGGAGGAUACCCAGGUGGCUACAUUAACCACAACCCAAACAAUCGGAUCCUAAGCCCCCAGUAUGGGGGCAGCUAUGGAUAUGGAGGCUAUGGAUAUGGCGGAGGGUCUCCAUUUUCCCAGUCAGUUCAAGCAAUGGGCAUUGGUCCCUCUGAUAAAUCUAGAGGCUUUGGGCGCAGUGCAGUAAUGGCAGCAGCAGGAGGAGCUGUUGCAGGUAUGGCAUUGGGCUAUGGACUAGGAAGGUUUCCUCGUCCCCACUUCCAUUUCCACAGCCCUACGGAGGAGUACUACUACAACAAUUACAUGUACAGGAAGUAUGGUACCAAAUCUACUGAUACAAAUGACUACAGCAGAGAUUAUGCCUUCAGUCCAACACCUCUUAGUUAUGAAAGACACAUGGACUCUUGCAUGAAGAGAAAAGACCUGUUGCCUGUGAAGAAUCGCCAGGUAAACAUCAAACCCACUACCAUUUCAACAACCACCACAACUACUGUUGUCACCUCAGUAUCAGACACUGAUAACAGUAACAACACGCCAGAGAGGAACACCACUGAAGCACAAACGUCUUUGUCUCCAAUAGCUCCUGAAGCCAACCCGGUGGCUCCAGCUUCACAGGAUAUCACCAUCACUGAUGAUGAUGAUGAUACAGUCAGCAUUGUUGAAAUUGGCUACCCGGCGCUCAUUGAACAGCUGAAGGCCAGGAGGUGUGUGGAGCUGUAUAUGGUUUAUGCUGAAAAGCACUUGAAACUGAAAGAACCCACAGGAGGUGUGCAGAGGUUGGGCAUGGGCUUUCAAGAGCUUUUACUUGUGGUCACUGGCACCUUACUGAUGCUGCUCAAUAGCAAUGUGGUAAUGUUCCUACACUGAAGUGGUUAGUGUUGGAUGAAUGGCUAAAAAUGAGGGGCGAACCAUCAUGUGUCAUCUCGCUGUUUUAGGAUUUUCCUUGCUGUGUGUGAAAUUCUUCCCUUGUGUGCUUCAAGCUUUCUUUAUAUGUGCAGGGUUUAUUUACACGUGCAUAUCUUUGACUUGUACAAUGUAGCUCACUGGUUCCCAGCUAGGGUCCAAGGGGGGAGCACCAAAGAGACAGAGAGAGGGAG